AUCAGAGAAUAAGAAAAAAAAGAUGUCUCUGCGUCAUUUAACAAAAAGAAGUCAAAGUUAACAGUUUUGUCAGAAGAAUAAAAAAAAAAUUAUUGUAAAAUAUUCAAAAAACCAAAACCAUUAAAUUCUGCAAAAAAAAAACAAAACGUAAUAGCAAAAACCCUUAACAAAACCACAAGAAAAAUAAAUCAAAAUCUCUUCAAUUAAUCAAAAAUAAAAUGAAAAACAACAGAAACUCUUAAUAAUUCAGCAAAAGUUCGUAACAUGCCAGAGAAAUGUAUUGCUGCAGCAGCAACACUACUUCCCCCAUAAUCAGUGCUGCCAAUCCUUGCGGAGUAAGCUGCUCCAGCAACUGUCGGAAUUAAAAUUAAUUACAAAAUCCUUGGGAAACUGCAUGAAAAAUAUCAAAAAAUACUGGCCAAAGGAUGUCCUGAUAAAUUACCACCACUCAUUUGCUAAAAAACUUACGGCAAAAUAACAAUAAAUUUCUAUAUAUUUUUCACCUUCUCUCUCUGUCUCUCUCUCUCUUCGUCUUUUUGUGGCUUCAAACAUUCUCUUGAGAAUCGAGAAAACUUUUCAACUGUAACGAGGGGUAAAGUCAGCGGGCAGCAGGAAUGAAGGGACCGGACUAUCCACCACCCACAUCAAGGUGACGGCAUUUUGAAGAGGCUCCUCAAAGUCUUCGUCGUGUUCGUCGUUCGUUUGCUCCCGUCACCAUCGCACUGUUCCGUCACGCCGUCACGCCAUAAACAACAAUCACCGCAAAGUUUUUUGGACACACGAAAUAGGCUUCCUCUCUCUCUGUUUUCCCAGGACACACAAAACGAGCCAACUCGCAAACCCACAGAGCCACAUGAAAAAUGUUCUCGAAUGGAAACUUUUUUGUUUACUUAUUCAUCGUUUCGGUACAACUGCAUCUAAUUUCAGCCGAGACAGCAACCAUCCGCCGCACAAAUAUUUCACAAAAUGCCACAUUCUCGACGACCAGCAGCGCCACCGAAGACUUAUUAACCAAAAACAACAACAACGAGCUGGACAAAAAGAGAAUUUCAUUUAUGGCCGCCGCCACUACCGCCGCCGCCGACGAUGACGACAAACCGGAUGUGAACUAUAAUCUACUUAAAAAUAAUCACACGAAAUCAAAUCGACGACGCGAAAAGUCUCUUCCCGAUGACGACGAUCGACGAGUCCUGGCAGCAGCAGCCACUCCCUCUUCGAUGGAUGCUGCUGCAACAGGAUUCCGGAUUGAACUCUCCCAAGGGAAUAUUGAGGAACUUCCGGAACCGAUGGCUCUAUUCGGGAUGGGCAAGUCGUCUGCAUCGGCAACGUCAUCUGGCGGUGGACAUCAUCAUCACUCAUCUAGCCACCAUCGAACUCCGGUAGUGGCGGCAACAGAUGGCCUUCUGAGUGGGCCACUUCCGGUGUUCCCAGAGCGCAGUGAUGCAGUUUAUUUUGUUGUUGCUGUGAUUGGUGGUGCCAAAGUGUGGAGCCGCACUCUGGCGAGGUGCCUGAUGGAGAUGGGGCCACCAUUUGGGAGUCCUUUGGGCCCACCGCUGCGACCGUUGUAUGUGGAUUUGCCAGCUAAUGGAAAAUUUUCGGUAAAAGUUUUGACAUCAUUUUGCCAACAAACAGACAGAGUGCCUUUGGCUGGGGUUGUUGUUAUUGGUGAUGGACAAUCAGCACGUGCGAUUGCUUUGUCAGGACAUUCAAUGCAGAUACCAGUGCUAUGGGCUAGAGGAGGAACAGCAAAUAUUCACAGUACGCACAGUGAGUACCAUGCGACUCUUCAAUCAAUAUUGCAACCAUCAGCAAGGGAGAUUCUGGAAGCAAUUCGUGCACUAUUCCUGCAGACUCACUGGCAUUCGUUCUUUGUGCUGUCGGAUGUGGAUGCAACGAUGGUGCUGGCCGGAAUCGAGGGUUUUCCACUUAAGCAGCCACCUCUAAAGCCAACAAUUCUUCCGCUACCACCAGCGGACGGAAAUGUAUUCAGACAACUAGCAGAAAUAUCCCGUUCCACACGUGGCAUCGUUCUACUCCUCUGCAACCUAGUAUCAGCUCGAAAUGUUAUGUCAGAAGCAAAACGUCUGAACAUGGCCGGAGGACAUUUUAUUUGGUUGUGGGCUGACACAAGUAGCACUGCUGAAUUCUUCGAUGUAAAUAAAAGUCCUAGCGUUCCCGAAUCCCAGGAACACAAUGGCGGCGACAAUGGUGAUGGUUUAGUGGAUGAAGAUGAGGAGAAUCUUCUCAAUUAUCCAGAGGCUGUGAAGCAAUAUACCAACACUCAUAGUGCUGGUGGUGUCAAUGAAAAUGUGAUUGCUGGUGGGAAAUCAAAUCCCAGUGGUGGCGGUAAAGUAUCCCAACACCGUCAUCAUUCAGCACCAGCUGGAUUCCAUCAGCGUGGAGGUUUCGACACAAGUUGGAAUCCCUUUCACAACACCGUUGAUCCACAUAAACGGGGCUCCGCGGGCGAUUCAAACUUUGAAACGUUAGAUAGACGUGGUGGCUCGAGUAGUAGUGUUGCCAGUGCCGAGGGAAGGUACUUAGUCGAUGUUCAUGAGAGUUCUUAUGAAAGUGUUGAGAACAGUUAUGUGACAACAACAAAAGCAAAUCACAUGAUAGAUUCCGAGGAGUACAGUGACGAAGAAGAAGAAAACGCUGCCGAACAACCAGGUUUUAAGAAAUUCUUCGAGGCCACCAAGUUUGACAAUAAAAAUCUCGAUUCUUACUACAAUGUACUAAGUAGCAGCACUGGUGGCGGUAUAAAUACUAGCGAUUCAUCGUCGUCAAAUCAUCAAAGUCCAAAGCCCAAACGAACCUCAUCAUUGCAUUAUGGCAUUAAUGCCUCUUCAGCAUCGUCACAUGUCCUAUUCCAUCAUUAUAAGGACUUUCCGGUAGGUCUCCUCGCUCUGAGACCGGUCAAGAUGGCGGUCGAUCAGAAUUUCAUUCGAUCGACGAUAAGAUUGUUUGCCUCAACCUGGGCGCAGGUACAAAUAAACGCAGCCCGUGAUCUGGAGAAGACACGUCAGCGUGUCAGUAUAAAUCCAUAUGGUGACAGUAUGAGCUGGUCACCGGAGAAUCAAGAUCAGAGUGGUCGAGGGACAAGGCGACGUAGAAGAGGUCGUCGGAGGCGAAGGCGUCGAUUUAUUGAUGACAAUGAAUUCGAUAUAGUUAACAGUAAUCAGCAGCAGCAGCAGUUGAAACAAAAUUCAGUGCAUAGAAUAAAAAAUCUAAGUAGUAAUAGUAGUAAAAAAACAUUUCGUAGCGAAAAAGUAGCAGAUAGUAGUAGAAGUAGUAGUACUAACAGUAAUAUUAAUAUCAAUCGUAGCGGUGAUAGUAACAAAUUGAAUUCUAGUUUUUAUAUACACAACAACAACAACAAAGAGAACACAACAAACCAGAACAACAACACAAGUAACAGGAGCAUACCCACUCAAAAUAGUAGUGGGAGUAGUAGAAAUAGUAGUUAUAAUCAAAAUUUAAGUGGCUUAACCAAUCAAAACAAUGAAAAUGAUGAUAAAAGUAAAAAAGUCAACGACGACAAAGAAGAAGAAGAAGACAAAUCGUCUUGGGAAACACCAAGAACUAACAAUCAAAGCAAUACCAACACAAACAAACAAGAAGAAGAAGAACAAAGUGCCGAUAACGUUGACAAGAAUAACGACGACUCCAAGGCACAGCACGAAAGUCCUCUUCCUGCUGCGGGCAAAGUGAAGAGGGCGUCAUUUCCUUGGAGCACUAAGAAGGUUGUAGAUAGUGGAAGUAGAAGAAGUUCGAGUUCAAGCAGACGUAGACCCACUGACGGCGGUGAUAUAGUAGGUGAUGACAACGAGUCCAAGAUGGGCAGUAGGCUAGCAAUGGACGACGAUGAAGACGAUGGGAACGAUGGACGAUAUCGCAAACCAGGAACACCAUUUUUCACUGGUGGAUGUUUCGGAAGUGCCAGCCGGUCGGAUGUGCACAGAGCUGAAUUAUUUUCCAGAGCUCUCAAGACAUCUACAUCGCAAGCCAUGUCCGGAGAUCUAACCCUCGAUGGUGGCCAAAGAGAACAUCCGCUGAUAACAAAAUUCGAAAUUCUCAACUUGGUACCCGAUAACAAUGGCCGCCAUUUGCAAUUGUUCGAAGACGAACUAACGAUAGUUCGUCAUCGUUCACAGCAACGAAGACGGCCCCGUUAUCCAUCGACCAAGUGGCGUCGGGUCGGUUUAAUAGCAGGUAGGAAUGUACAUUUGGAUACAAUUGUGUGGCCAGGAGGAGACAUUGUUGUCUCAGGUAAAGAACAACGUCGUAAGUCAAACAUAAGAUUGGCCCUUUACAGCGUUGGUUCUUCGAUAGGCCUGUCGGCGAAAUCACGAACGGUAUUUCGUGUUGUCACUGCCUUAGCGCCGCCAUUUGUAAUGGCGUCCGAAUUGGAUGAAGAUGGUUUAUGUUUGCGUGGAUUGCCGUGCCAUCGAUUGCUGCCGAAUCGCAAGCAUAAUUUGACAAUUAUGUUUAAUAAUAUUGAGACUCAGCAAAGGUUUACGCAGGAUUACUUGGAUCACGGCGGCAAAGUGCCUUCAGAUGAGACGGAUAAUUUUUCAAAUCCAAUGUUUGAAACAAAGUGCUGUUAUGGCCUUUCCAUGGAUCUGCUCGACAACAUUGCUACAGAAUUGGAAUUCGAAUUUCAUUUGUACAUUGUUCAUGAUGAAUUAUUUGGUGCUAAAUUCUCGACACUGAAUGAUUUUAAGCCUCGAAGGGCUUCAGCUAAGGGUGCCAAUGCUGGUAACAAUCAUGAUACGAACAACAAUCGACAAGCAUCAUCCGGCAGCGGAGGCAGUUCAACAUCAGGAGUCAAGGAGCAACAACACGAACAACACAAAACGAAAGAUUCAACAAUGAUGGUGGACGAUGUGAACGAUCAAUAUCCUGCCAAUUCAAAUUCAGCUGCCAAUCAACAGCAACAGCAGAAAGAACAACAACAACAACAGCAACAACGUCGAUAUCACUCACCCGAAGGACGAACUCGUACUCGACGUCAUUCGUCUCCUCCUUCUGAUGGCAGCGCCAGCUUAGAGCGUGAAAACAGCUUGAAUAGCAAUGAAUUCAACUCGAUGAAGAAAAAGGUGUCGUCCUCUUCGGUAAAUAUGGGUGUUAAGCAACAAGGACGACGCAUCCUUAAAAGACAUCAACGUCAAGCCACCGCAUUCAAUUCGAAUGACAAUGAUGCCGCCACCACUGCCGACGACUACAAUACUCAAACCAAUGUCGAGGUUAGCAACAAAAUUGACGCCAUUUCCGCCACGAUGAAGGAUUCCAAGGAUGUGGUCGAGGAUGUAUCACUAAAUGACUGGGUCGUGCUGAAUGAUUACAUUGACGAUCAAGAGGAAACAGGUGCACCAAAUGACGACAACAUGGAGCAACCUUUCAAUGGCAAACGAAUUCAGUGGAAUGGAAUAAUUGGUGAUUUAAUAUCCGGCUCAGCAGACAUGUCAUUUGCACCUCUCACAGUCUCAAGGGCUCGUGCCGAGGUAAUAGACUUCAGUGCCCCAUACUUUCAUGGAGGUGUAUCCUUGUUGGCAGCACCAAAGAGGAAGUCUGAAAUUCCAUUGCUCGCCUUCCUGUUGCCAUUCUCGCCGGAACUCUGGAUUGCCAUAUUCACAUCACUCAAUGUGACAGCUAUUGCUGUUGCUAUCUAUGAGUGGUUAAGUCCGUUUGGACUGAAUCCUUGGGGUCGUCAGAGGAGUAAAAACUUCAGUAUGUCAUCAGCACUUUGGGUAAUGUGGGGAUUACUAUGUGGACACCUGGUGGCUUUUAAGGCUCCCAAAUCAUGGCCUAAUAAAUUCUUAAUCAAUGUUUGGGGUGGUUUCAGUGUGAUAUUCAUUGCUUCGUACACAGCCAACAUAGCAGCGCUUAUUGCCGGGUUGUUUUUCCACAAUUCAGGGAAUACACCCGAAGUGUCGUUAUUUAAGCAACGCGUUGGAGCACCAGUAUCAUCAUCUACAGAAUCGUUUAUGAAACAACAUCGUCCUCACGAAUGGGAGCAUAUCAAGAAGUACUCGCUUAUGAAUAUUGAAGAUGGGAUUCGAGGACUCAAAAACGGUUCACUGGAUCUCCUUUUGGGGGACACUCCAAUCCUAGACUAUUACCGAGCCAUCGACCAUGGUUGUAAUUUGCUUAGGGUUGGCGAAACAUACGUCGAAGAUACAUAUGCUAUUGGCAUGAAGAAGGGUUUUCCACUCAAAGAUUCCAUAUCAGCAUUAAUUGCAAAAUACUCUAGCAAUGGCUACUUGGAUAUCCUUGCUGAAAAAUGGUAUGGUGGAUUGCCAUGCUUCAAAUUGGACAGUGAUAUCAUCAUGCCACGACCUUUAGGGGUCGCUGCUGUAGCUGGGGUUUUUCUUUUACUUGGUCUCGGCAUCACCGUCGGAGUUGUGAUUCUCAUCUUCGAGCAUUGGUUCUACAAAUUCAUGCUACCCAAGCUCCGACACAAGCCCAAAGGCACCGUUUGGCGGUCACGAAAUAUCAUGUUCUUCAGCCAGAAGUUAUAUCGGUUCAUCAAUUGUGUGGAGCUGGUUUCACCCCAUCAUGCUGCCCGAGAAUUGGUCCACACCCUGCGGCAAGGACAAAUCGCUAGUUUGUUUCAGAAGAGCAUAAAAAGGAAGGAAGAUGAACAGCGGCGUCGCCGGAAGAGCAAGGCUCAAUUUUUCGAAAUGAUUCAAGAAAUUCGAAGAGUCCAACAAGCAGAAAAAAUGAAAUCCAAGCUCGAAGUCCUCAAAGAACACGCCGAAGCUGAAAGUCAUCCGCCAACAAUGCAAAUUCCCGAAAUCAUAACCCCACACUCUCGAUCACCCAAACCACGUUCUAGUCCUCGAUCAAAACUCUUUUCAAGUCGUCACAAACGUUCCCGAUCGAAUUCGUCAACUUUAAAUGUGCGUCGCUUUAGCAACGAUAGCAUUCUUAGUGAUCGAUUGGAUACAAUCGGUAGACGUUUAAGUCGUGAUUUGACCAAUUCACCACCGGAUUUCGGUAGACGUUUUGAUACCUUAAGUGCCACAAAUACGGGCUCUGGCAGCACUGUUAAAUUCGAAACCUACUCGGCUAAAGAUCUUUCCACCGAUAAAAUAGAAGAAACUAAAUUUGAUACUUUUAGUGCGAAAGAGCUGACGGUACCUUCAAAGAAACAUCUUAAUAAACGAGCUCCAUUGAAUUCGGAUACUUUUAAACCAAUGGGAGGGAAGGAAACAUCUGGAGAAAGCAGCAGCAAUUCAACUGAUAGUCCUACAGUUCAGCUACUUCCGGUGCUUCGAGAGGGUCUAAUUUCACCAGUUUGUCAAGAAGAUCGAGCUCAAGCUCUCCUCCGGGAACGCAUGCAUGAAGAACUCAUCACAAAAUACGGUGAAUGUGAGUACGAAGUGAUUGUGCCGAUAGAAGACUCCAGUCCUCCCCAAACAUCUAGCCAAAGAACGAGCUUUCGAUCAUCGAACCGUUCUCCACCGUUAUCUCUUAUGCGACACCGUCAGCGAAGUCUCGAUGGCUUAGAACAACGACCAAAGAUGCCCUCGCCACCGAGGAUCUCGGUCGACACCGAUAGCCGACACGUGAGUAUUUCAAGAUCCAACCUCCGAGAGGUUUCCCUCGAACGCCUCAGUCGCGAAGACCUCCUCCGACUUAGCGAAAGCACAGAGUCCGAAAUUCAUGAUUAUCUUAGUAAACCAGCAAUAGAACGGUCUCUAGAACCGCCUUGAAACCACUGAUCAUUGGCCAGAGUACUUUGUACAUUAUUGUAUUGUAAUUUGUAAAACCUUUGAGGUGUAUGGGUAGCCUCGUCAAAAACCGAUGGAUGGUUCAAAAGAUUGGUAACCAUUUAUAAAAAGGCACCAUGCGGAGUAAUAAAUUUAUAAAAAAAAAAAAUUGUCUGCACCAGGUGCGGGAUGUAAGGGAAAUUUAUUUGAUUUACAAAUUAAUUUCCUCAAAAAUUUGAGGACCUUAAAUUGUAAAACAAAUUAUAUAUUUUUUCAAAAUUUAAUCAGUUAACGAUAAAGGAACGUGUUCAAGCUUUUUGGGAUAUAAAAAUAAUAAAUAAAAGUUUUAAACUUAAAUUAAAAAAAAAAAAAACUAAAAAAAGUUUGUAAGUAAAAAAAGUUAAACAUUAAACUUAAAUUUAAAUUUAAAAAAAAAAGAAAAAAAAAGCUUUAGGAAACUCUUUAAAAUAAAAUGGAAUGUAAAUUCCAUAAAUUGUUAUCUUUGACUUUCAAAAAAAAAACAAAAAAAAAAAAUAUUAUUAACCUUUUCCUUGUUUUUAUAUAACAUCUCUGUUUAUAUCUAUUUAGAAUUAAGAUUAUUUGUUAAGUUUAAAUUUAAAAAAAAUAAAAAUUGGUUAAAUUAAAAAAAAAAGAAUAAAAUAUAUAUAAUAAAAUUAUACAUGAAAAAAAUUCAACGACCAUUUAGAAAGUAUAGAAUAAAUCAAUUAAUUAUUAAAUAAAAUAUAAAAUUAGAUGAAAAUAAAUAAAAAACAAAAAAAAUUACAAUUAAAAAAAAAAAAUAAAUUUACAAUAAAAGGUGAAUAUAAAAACAAGUAAAGUAGAAUUCUAAAUUAAAUUUUUAAACAAAAAUACACAAAAAAAAACAGCAACAACUACAACAACAAAAAAUGGGA